UAUGUUAACCUCCAUAUUUAUUUAGAGUUCUUGAAAAAACACACAACCUGUUCCUUGAUCUUGAUAAUAAUGAAGGGUUUAGUAAUAUUUUGUGUGAUUUUAGUUACUGCAACUGCUGUGCCAUUUAUUGACAGGAACACAGCCAAAAUAGAUUUUGUGCAGAGACGACCAAAAAGAGAAAACCAGCCACCUGCUGCUGUUUCAAUCGGAAAUACAAAGUAUGGUCUAAAAGACGGCGUUCCCUAUGUACAACAUCAAGUCAACCUUGCCAACUCCAACGAUCACAAACUGGACGCCAACGCUUACGCUUCCAAAGACUUCCACAACAACGGGCCUCUUAAUGUUGGAGGGGACCUGAAAUAUUCCCAUCAACCUUCAGGAGCUGGGCUGAGCAUCAGCGGCCAAAGUCUACCAGGAGGUGGUACAAAGGUAGGUGCCGCUGGAGUAUGGAACCUCUAUAAAAAUGGAGGCUUUGGAGUUGAUCUGAAGGGAGGUUACAGCCAAAAUUUCGGCGGUCCAGGUGCAGGAGCCCCGAUAUAUGGAGUUGAGAUUCAGGGAGGGUACGCCUUCCCCAGAAGAGGAUAAAAUUAUUCAUAUGUUCGUUCCUCGGUUUAUUUGGUGCCAAAUUAUUUAUUAUGUAUAAAUGAAGUAUUAUUUUGAAAGAUAAAAUAUAUUUUCUAUAUAAAAA